GUUAUCAUUUUCAGAUAAUGACGUAGUGAGUACCGACUGAAAACAUUCAGGGUGCAACUUAUCAGACUGAAUUGUAGGUUGUUCCAAAGAUACAAAAUACUCUGGAUUAUUUUGCUGAUAAUGACUGUUACAAUAUGAAUAAUAGUCAGGGUAAUAUGGGUCAUAAUAACAUUGAUCAAAUUGAUUAGAUUGAUCGAAUUGAUCGAGUUCCGUGUUGUACACCUCCUCGACUUCCAUUUUUUGCGGUUUUUGAGAUGUGCUUGAAAUAGGAUUAUUUUUAAAAUUAUUUUUUUUAUUGAAAUUUGGUCUGCCACUGUUGCGCGUAGACACAGACAUAGGCAUAGGUGGAGGUGGAUUUUUAAUUUGGUUGGGUCUAAAGACAUUCUGGGGUCUGCCAAAAACUUGUGAAUUUGUAUAGUAUUUUUGCGGCGGUCUAUAAACUGGCGUAAUAUCAAUUGGACCGGUGGGAAAUGCUUGUUGCUGAUGUCUAAAAUGAUUUGGGUUAUGCCCAUUAAAUUGCAUAUUUUCUUUGGAAAGAAAAUUUUGGAAAUGCUGGUUAUUAUGUUUUAAAUUCUGAGGUGGCUGAUUUUGAACUACUUUGGUCAUAUUUUGAAAGUAUUGCCUGUUAAUUUCUUACAUUACAAAUGUUAAGGCUUUCGACAGGCUAUCAGGUGGCAUACAUCUAAUGGUUGUACCAAUAGGUUCUUUUAAGCCGGACAAAAAUGUUUUCAAAGCAAGGUCGUUAUAGAGUUUACGUUUUAUUUGUUUUGCUUCAUUAGUCGUUUCAUGCGUAUCAAUAAAUGAACAAAUCAAAUUUAGGAUAUGCAAAACUCGAUCGUGAAAUUGAGUCGGUUUUUCAUUUGGCUGUUGGCGGAGCAUCACUAAAACUCUGUUAAGACAUGAUUCGUCUCUUUGGUCCGCGAAAUUUCUAUACAAAAUAUUUUUUAAAUCAUUCCAAGUACUGGAUGUUUGAAGAUUGAUCACGACUUUUGCAUUUCCUUUCAAAUUACUAAUUAGACAAUUCAACAAGUAAAUAUUUUCGAAAGAGUUAGGUUCUCUACCAUUAUAAAAUUUAUCAAUAACAGUUUGACAAAUAGUUAGGUAUCUAGAUAAAUCGUUUGGGUUCCCAUCGAAUUCUGGGACGCAGUUGAGAUAUUCAGAUUUAAAAGUAGCCAUACUUUAAGAGAUUCACUAAAUUUACUGUCUGAUUCUAAAUUAUGUUUUUCAAAAAUAGUUUCCAAAUUUGUUGCGAAAUAAUUUUUCUGACCUGAGCUGGUUGAAGGUGUAUUAUUACUUAAAUCGAUAGCUAACGUUUCAAUAUUAUCAAUUAUUUCGUCAAGUUCCGACAUUAACAAAUAAUUGCAACUUACAGUAUUAGGUAGGAGGCGGUUCUGAUGAUCCCUUCUAUAAGAACAAGACUUCGAUCGGCGAUAUUGGUCUUCACAAAAAUUCUUUAUAUUUUGAUAUUGAGAAUUUUUAGUAAUAUUAUUCACAUUGUCGUAGUUUUCAUAAAUUGAAUCGAUAUCAGAAUUGUCGCUCAUUUAAUCUCCAAUCCUCAACAAUAUCAACAUCUCUAGCAACUAUUACUUUAUGGUUUAAAAGUACACGAUAACCGACGUCACUGUACCCGAUUAAAAUACCCAUACCGGCCUUUUUUUUGUCCCAUUUUGUUUGUGGUUAGUUUUGGUUAGUUAUUAUUUAGUUCACUCUUUUUACAAGAGAAAAAUUUCAGAUAUAAUUUGUUAUGGCUUUAGUACAUAUAAAUAUUUAAAUUUGUUUCAGGUGCCAUCCAGCCAUAUAGAAUGGAAAACUAUAAGCAAUGGUCUUAAAGAUAGAUGGAAUUUUCCACUAUGUUGUGGAGCUAGACGAGGGAAUGGGGAAGAAAGGUUCAGAGUCAGAUGGCAUGGUUUUCCAAAAUUGUUCAAUUUUAGAACCGCUAGAAAUUGGUUUACUCCCAAAUGGAAGCUAUUUUGUCGCAGAUGACGCCUUUCCUUUAAAACCCUACAUAAUGAAGCCCUACACAAACUACAAUAGACCUCUUAUGCAAGAGGAGAGAAUUUUUAAUUACCGACUAACUCGCGCCAGAAGAAUAGUUGAAAAUGUCUUUGGUAUUCUGGUCAGUAGGUUUCGAGUCUUUGAUAGAAAGCUGAAUGUCAAAUUAAGCACUGUUAAUAAAAUUGUCGCUUCUGCCUGUGCGCUUCAUAAUUGGCUAGUUAUCACCACAAAGUUAACCUAUCUGCCUAAAGGUGCCAUUGAUAAAGAAAAUAGUGAAACAGGCGAAAUAAUUCCUGGGAAUUGGAGGUCCCAAAUCAGAGAGCUGAGAAAUGUGGAAAAAGCUGGAGGUCACCGAACAACAAACCUAUCAAAAAAAAUUAGAGAUCGUCUAAAAGAUUACUUUAAUGGCAAGGGCACUGUUCCUUGGCAGUACACAGCAACCGCUGGUACCGGUACCUUAUUAGCGAAUUGAAAAUAACUUUGUUUUCAAGUAUGCACGUAUGUAACCACUUACAUUACUUGUUAUAUGAAAUAAAGAU